AUGGACGAGAUUUAUAUUUCGACAAUCCCAAAGUCAAAUGAAGUUCAAGAAAUGCAUUUACUCCCUUGUAAUAUUAAGUACAAUGGAAAAGCGAACGUAAAUGCAUAUUUUCUCAUCGAAGAAUUGGACACAAAUCAAUCUGCAAAUAUGGACGAUGAUGCAACUAGCUACAUCUUUAAAGAAACAAAUCAACCUCCAAUUUCUCAACAAACUUCUAUGAAUGACCCCGAUGAAAGGACGCGUUAUUGGGACAUUGCACAAACAUUCCAGUCGUUCAUGCUUUGGGAUCAAGACGACGCUCCCGACUCGAAUGAUUGUGUCGUUAAAGCAAUGGAUUGGAUGAACGUAGCGAGAUGUAUUCAUGAACCUACCCCACCACCAACAUAA